GUCCCGGGAGCCAAGAUGCCACCGUCCUUGCCUGCCACCAUCAACAUCCGGGAGCCCCGCUGGGACCAGAGCACUUUUCAGGGCCGGGCCAAGCACUUCUUCAUGGUGACCGACCCCCGAAACCUGCUGCUCUCGGGGGCUACGCUGGAGGAAGCCCGGCGGGUGGUGGAGGACUACAGGGCAGGCACUGUACAGCCUGGACUGACAGAGGACCAGCUUUGGCGGGCAAAGUACAUCUAUGACUCUGCUUUCCACCCUGACACGGGCGAGAAGAUGAUCCUUGUGGGACGCAUGUCUGCUCAGGUCCCCAUGAACAUGACCAUCACCGGUUGCAUGUUGACCUUCUACAGGACCACACCGGCUGUGCUGUUCUGGCAGUGGGUCAAUCAGUCCUUCAAUGCCAUUGUCAACUACACCAACCGCAGUGGAGAUGCACCCAUCACCCCCGGCCAGCUGGGGACAGCCUAUGUGAGUGCAACCACGGGGGCAGUUGUCACAGCACUGGGACUCAAAUCCCUCACCAAGCACCUGCCAGCCAUCAUCGGCCGGUACGUGCCUUUUGCGGCCGUGGCAGCUGCCAACUGCAUCAACAUCCCGCUGAUGAGGCAGAGAGAGCUCAAGCUGGGCAUCCCUGUCACGGAUGAGAAUGGGAACCGCCUGGGGGAAUCCACAGCAGCAGCCCAGAAGGCCAUUUUCCAGGUGGUGGUGUCCCGCAUUGGCAUGGCAGCACCGGCCAUGGCCAUUCCACCGGUGAUCAUGAACAUGCUGGAGAAGAGAGCUUUCCUGAAGCGGUACCCGUACCUGAACGCUCCCCUGCAGGUCGGCCUGGUGGGACUCUGUUUGGUGUUUGCCACCCCGUUGUGCUGCGCGCUCUUCCCACAGAAAAGCUCGAUGCCUGUGGGCAGCCUGGAGCCUGAAGUCCAAGAUCAGAUCCGGAAGAAAGAUCCGUGGCUGGAGACCGUCUACUUCAACAAAGGGCUGUGA